CGGCGGCGGCGGGAGGGCGCAGCAGGGGCCGCCGCGGCCGCAGCAUCGCGGCGCGGUGGCGGGGAUGGAGCCCUGGAAGCAGUGCGGGCAGUGGCUGAUCAGCUGCAAGGUGCUGCCGCCCAACCACCGGGUGACCUGGGACACGGCCCAGGUCUUCGACCUGGCGCAGACGCUGCGCGACGGCGUCCUGCUCUGCCAGCUGCUCAACAACCUCCGCAGCCACUCCAUCAACCUCAAGGAGAUCAACCUGCGCCCUCAGAUGUCCCAGUUUCUCUGCUUGAAGAAUAUAAGGACUUUUCUUUCAGCAUGUUGUGAAAUCUUUGGAAUGAAGAAAAGUGAACUUUUUGAAGCAUUUGAUUUGUUUGACGUGAGAGAUUUUGGAAAGGUGAUAGAAACACUUUCAAAGCUUUCCCGCACUCCGAUUGCACUAGGCACAGGCAUAAGGCCCUUCCCUACAGAAGAAAGUGUUGAUGAUGAAGAUAUCUACAAAGCUCUUCCUGACUUAAUAGAUGAAACUGGUGUUGAGGAAGAUGAGGAGUUGUAUGAUUGUGUCUAUGGAGAAGAUGAAGGUGGGGAAGUUUAUGAAGACCUAAUGAAAGAUGAAGCAGCACAGCAACCUAAAUGUCCUGAAAAUGACAUAAGAAGCUGUUGUCUUGCUGAAAUAAAGCAAACUGAAGAGAAGUACACUGAAACUCUGGAAUCGAUUGAGAAAUUUUUCAUGGUGCCAUUGAAAAGGUUUCUGUCAGCAUCAGAGUUUGAUACUGUUUUCAUCAACAUUCCUGAUUUGGUGAAAAUUCACAGGAAUCUUACACAGGACGUCAAUGAUUCCAUUGUCAACAAAAAUGAUCAGAACCUAUAUCAAAUUUUUAUUAACUACAAGGAAAGGUUGGUUAUUUAUGGACAGUACUGCAGUCAAGUGGAGAUAGCAAUAUCGUGCUUAGACAAUAUCUCUAAGACAAAAGAAGAUGUUAAAUUGAAGUUAGAGGAAUGUUCCAAGAGGGCCAAUAAUGGGAAAUUUACAUUGCGGGAUCUCUUAGUGGUUCCGAUGCAAAGAGUGCUGAAAUACCAUCUACUGCUCCAGGAGCUGGUAAAGCACACUACUGAUGCCAUGGAGAAAGCAAAUCUAAAACUGGCACUUGAUGCAAUGAAGGACUUGGCUCAAUAUGUAAAUGAAGUAAAGCGAGAUAACGAAACACUUCGGGAAAUUAGACAGUUUCAACUAUCAAUAGAGAAUUUGAACCAUUCCCUCUUACAGUAUGGCAGACCUCAAGGUGAUGGAGAAAUAAGGAUAACAACGUUAGACAGACGUGCAAGGCAAGACAGGCAUAUCUUCUUGUUUGAUCUAGCUGUCAUUGUUUGCAAACGGAGAGGGGAUAAUUAUGAAAUGAAGGAAAUAAUAGAUCUUCAGAAAUACAAAAUUACAAAUAACCCCACUACUGAUAAAGAAAAUAAGAAGUGGUCUUAUGGCUUCUACCUCAUUCAUAUCCAAGGUGAAAAUGGUUUAGAAGUUUAUUGCAAAACUAAAGACUUAAAGAAAAAAUGGCUUGAACAAUUUCAGAUGGCUCUGUCGAACAUCCGGCCAGACUAUGCAGAUACAAGCUUUCAUGAGUUCAAAAUGCACACCUUCAGUCGGGUGACAUCUUGCAAAGUCUGUCAGAUGCUUCUGAGGGGAACAUUUUAUCAAGGCUAUUUAUGUUCUAAGUGUGGAGCUGGAGCACACAAAGAAUGUUUAGGAAGACUAGACAAUUGUGGCAGAGCUAAUUUAGGUGAACACGGAAACGUGAAACAUGAGAAACGAACAAAUGGAAUUAGAAGAAGCUCUAGACAUGUGGACCCAGGUUUACCCAGAUGCCAAAGGGUGAAAUCUGGAUGGGGCUUGGAGCAACCUGCUCCAAAGGAUUGGCCACCAUUGCAUAUUCAGAUUGGGGACACUAUUGAACUUAUUAGAGGAGAUGCACACAGCUUAUUUUGGCAGGGAAGAAAUCUAACAACAGGAGAGCUUGGAUUCUUCCCAAGUGAUGCAGUAAAACCUAGUCCAUGUGUUCCUAAGCCAGUAGACUACUCGUCACAGCUGUGGUUUGCAGGAGCAAUGGAACGAUUGCAAGCAGAAAGUGAACUAAUUAACAGAGCAAAUAGCACUUACCUGGUGAGGCACAGGACCACAGAAUCAGGAGAAUAUGCAAUUAGUAUUAAGUACAAUAAUGAAGUGAAACACAUCAAGAUUUUAACAAGAGAUGGCUUUUUCCACAUUGCAGAAAAUAGAAAAUUUAAAAAUUUAAUGGAACUUGUAGAAUACUACAAGCACCACUCUCUCAGAGAAGGUUUUCGAAGUUUGGAUACUACUCUUCAAUUUCCAUACAAAGAAUCUGAAAACUCAGUGGGACAGAGGAGUAACAGAACAGGUGGCAAUGUGCUGAGCCCGAAGGUGAUUGGCAUUGCCAUAGCCAGGUAUGACUUCUGUGCACGAGACAUGCGAGAACUGUCCUUGCUGAAAGGGGACGUGGUCAAAAUUUAUACCAAGAUGAGUGCCAAUGGCUGGUGGAGAGGUGAAGUAAAUGGAAGGGUGGGCUGGUUUCCAUCAACUUAUGUUGAAGAGGACGAAUGAAUUAAAAACUAUCCUCUGCUGACCAGCAGUUUCAGGGAUUGUAAAAAUUUAUAUCUUCAAUGUGUUAUUGGUCUUGUUAAGUAUUUAAACAGCAACAUUUUUGCCUCUCUGAACCUUCCAGUCUUAAUGUUGGGAUUUAUACAGAAGUUUGGGCUGACAGAUUAUUACCUUCCCCAGAGCUGUGCAAGAAACAAGCUGCCAGUUUGCCUUCACUGGGGAUCAGUACAAAGUCCAACCCUCACCUUCCCAGAAGAAUCUGGAAAACAAAAUUCUUUGUUCCUUUUCAUUUCACCCUGUACUACACCAUGAGUACUAGCAAUGGCUGAAUAUUAACGUUUCUCUUCUAGCUAACAUCUGUGAUGGUACAAGGAGAUGAAGGCUUAUUAUUUCUUAUCACUGCAUGCAGAAAACAGAUUUCAAUCAUUCCAGUGGGCAUAAAGUAUAGUCAGUAGACCUGUCUUGAGACAUCAAACUACUUUACUUAUCAACUUACAAACCAUUUAGCACUCACAAAAACAUUCUGCAGGAAAUAUGUAGUAAACAAGAGUAGCAUUCAUGCAUAUGUAAUUACUUAACUGGCUACUUUGAGGUCAUGCCUAGAUCUUCUAAUAAUCUGUUUAAAGACAUUCUAAAAAGGUGUAGUGAUGUGGUAUUGCUUUAAAAAGCAUUCACAAAGUGGAAUUGUGUGAUCCUUUUAUUGUCAUCUUAAGCCAUUUUAUACGAGGUUUUUUCAUUUAAGCAGCUGACAAUAAAAGUGCAACUGGGGGAUAGUCAUGACAAGAUGAGUUGAAAAUUUUCAGCAAUAACAUUAAAUAAAUAUUGCAGACCUAUUCUGAAGCAGAAAAUACUAAUGCAAGAUGAUGUAAUUAUUAAAGUGUUUAUCUUAACCUCUUGAUUGAUUUGGAUGAGCUUUGAUGCUUUCAGCUUAGUACUGUCUUUUCCUAGUUAUACAGGAGUUUCUAUCACCUUUUGUGACUGCAAUGGAACUUGCAAACUUCUUUCUGCCCUUUCCUUUAUUUUUGCCUGGGAUGUUAAUGGCAGUUCAAUGAGGGAAUUGUCUUGCUGCAGUCUUCUCAACAUACCCAAAUAUGUCUAGGUUAGCCAGCAUGAAAGAUCAGGCCUUGUAAAUUGAUGUCCACUGCUUGGUAAGGCAGUCUUUACUGUAAUUUUGAAGAGGUAGAAAUGUAGUUACAAGCUAAAAUAAAUGUGGAUGAUGUUUUCAGAUAUGCAGUUCUAAAUAUUUAAGUAAUGUCACUUGAAAACUUGAAAGAAAAUCAGGUUCUUCAAUGAAUUUAAUUAAUCCUGUCCCACAUCCUCUCUUUUGCUUUUUGCCUGUUCUCUUUUUCUGUUGGCAUCUUAAAUUUAGUGUGCACUGACACUGCACGAUUUAACCCUGCAGUGUUUUCCCAGUCUACAAGCAACAUAGUCUCCGCUAUUUGUCCACAGAGCAGAAUCUGCUAGAACAUUCAGGUUUCUCUUUGGCUGCCCCCAGGAUUCUUUGCUUCUUUCUGGCCUUUCCUGGCCAUCAAGAAGAAUCAAGCACAACACAGAGCAUUCACAAAAUCCCCUUCAUAUCUGAAACUGUCUUACCCACCGGCCACACCUGGCAGGCAGUGCUGUGUGACCGGGGAGAGAGGAGCUUCUUGUUAGAAAUUUGAGAGAUUCAGCCUUGCAGAUGAAAUUCUGCCAAUGCUCUAACUUUUCAAGGAUUUACCUCAAAAUUAUGUAAACUGUGAUUGUGUUGAGUACAUUACUUGAUGGAGUAAUUGAGAGCAUUUGUAAAUAUGUAGAUGAUGCAUAAAAAAAUUUGUAAAUUAUGUGUACAGCAGUGUAGGCUAGAAUAUACAGUCUUGGAUCAUGUUUUGCCAUGCAGUUUGAUUGUCUGUUGUGAGCUUAAUCCUAUAUUCCUUAAGUAGACAAAGAUGAUUCUUUCCCAGUUUUGCCUGCUUAAGGGAUAGAGGAAUAGGCUCUAAGUCUGUGAAGUGUUUAGUGCUUUACUGUCAUAUAGUUCUGAGAAGAGGCAGUUAAAUUCAGUACGAGCUGCAAACUAUAUCAGUCAUUUUCAACAGCUUGGCUUUAGAAUAAUUUUGAGUCUUCUCUCCAUCCUAAACAUGUUGUAAAGCUUUUAAGCAAUUCCUGAGUCCAGUAGUCAUCCUUUGAGAAGAAUGAAAGCCAUAGGUAAACUUUACUUUUGUGGUGUAAAUCUGCAUGUCAUUGUCUGUGUUUAAUGCCCUGUAUUGAUUGAGUUAAUGCUGCAUCUUAAACUAUAUUUUGAGUACCAAAGACUUCCUAAAUAUUCUGGAGCAUUUCUUUCAUGUGCUGCUUUUGCCUGUAUGGAGUUAUGUCAUGCAAUAAUAGUUACAAUACUUUAAUUUGUACUAUUUUGUAAAUAUGUUAAAUAUAAUAAACUGGUUAAUUUUUUUUGUUUGUUUAAUGAUGUGUCAAAAUGUGUAGUUUGCUACUGUGAAGGUUGUGCUUCAUUUGUCUCACCAUCUUCUCAUUGUGAGAAGUUGAUAAUGGUUUGUUUUGGUCUCCAAGACUUACAUAAUCCUUGUGUAGCUGUAAAACUGAGUUAUCAAUGUAAGUGUAAGCUUUCCUUGAGAACUUUUUAUUAUCAGGAUAAUAUGCCUUGUGCCACAUCCA